AUGUCUUUUGUCCGCCUGGCCCUCGUGGCCUCCAUCUUCUCUUCCUGGGUUACUCUUGGGCUUGCCAGUGACACAACAAAUCCCUGUGAUGAACUAUCCAACAGUCUACCAGGAAAGGUUGUCCUCCCAGGGAAUCCUCAAUACCAAUCUGACGUUUCAUCCUACUUCUUUCUCAACCAACGAAUUGAUCCUUUCUGCAUUGUCGUGCCAACUUCCGCUGAAGAUGUGUCACUUUCUGUCAAAAUAUUGACCAAACACCCAUCGACCCCGUUUGCUAUUCGCGGUGGUGGUCAUUCCCCCAAUAGAGGAGCAUCUAAUGCAGAAAAUGGGGUCACAAUUGAUUUCCAGUCUAUGAAGGAAGUAGCCAACUAUGGACCCAUCACCUCUGUUGGUCCGGGUGCUGCUUGGUCAGACGUGUAUAGCGUUCUCGAUCCCAAAGGCCUUACCGUGGUCGGGGGCCGAGUUGCUGGUGUUGGCGUUGGUGGACUGACUACUGGAGGGGGCAUCUCUGCAUUCUCACCGGAGCUAGGCUUUGCAUGCGACAAUGUCGCCAAUAUGCAAGUCGUUCUGGCAAACGGGGAGAUCGUCAAUGCCAAUGCCACUUCAAACGCAGACUUGUUCAUCGCUCUUAAAGGGGGCCAGAAUAAUUUUGGCAUCGUGACUCGCUUCGACCUCAAGACUCAUCAGCGCGAUGAAUACUGGGGUGGUUCGAUCAAUUAUCCCCAGGAAGCAGAAGCAGCACAACUUGCGGCGUUUACUGAAUUCAAAGACCCGGCCAACUUUGACCAGUAUGCGGAGAUUGAGCAGAGCUUUCUCUAUAUUGGCCAGGAGAAGGCCUUCUAUAGCAGUAACAAUAUGUACUACACGAAGCCAGUGGUGAAUGCGACUGGGCUGAAGUACUUUACGGAUGUGCAGCCUCAGGUGUCGAGCACCAUGCGCAUUGCCAAUACAAGUAGUUUUGCUGAAGAGUUGGCCAGUGUUCAACCCCAGAAUCAAUUCCACAGUGCCGAAUGGGCAACAACCACAUUUGCCAUCUCCCCGACGAUCCUCGGCAAAGUCCACGGUCUAUGGAACGCAUCAGCUGUUGAACUUACCCCUGUCACAAACCUGACAAGUGUCUUGACUUUCCAAUCUGUUCCAGCCCCUCAACCAUCGUCGCCAAAUAGCUUGGGUAUUGAUCCCAAAUCUUCACCCGAGAAAAACCUGGUCUUGGCUCUUGUGAACCAGUACUGGUCUCUCGAGAGUGAUUCUGACAAAGCGAAUGGGGUGACGGAGGAAUUGAUGAGCAACAUUGACGAUCUCCUCAGACAGGAGGGCUUGUAUGUUGACUACAAGUAUCUCAACUAUGCGGGUCCAUUUCAAGAUCCACUGGGAAGCUAUGGCGAUGAAAGUCUGGAGAGAAUGAAAAAGGUGUCGACCAAGUAUGAUCCCACGGGUGUUUUUCAAAAACAGGUCAAAGGAGGCUUUAAACUGUUCAAGUAG